GCCGGCUCCCGCCACCCCUCCGUGCCUCCUCGCGCCCGGCGUGGCGCAGUGCCCGCCCGCGAGCGGGUCAGUGGCAGGUGCCGGUGCGGCACCUGCCACCCUCAGCUCCUCCGGGCUCUGGACGCUGCCCGGCCCGCCGCGUUUUCCUAGAAUUUUUAAUCAUCUAAAGACUGAAUAUGGAACCUGAAAGUGAAGUAAAGAAGCAAACAAACCCCUUUUACUGCAAUAUUUGCAAAAUCUGGUGUUCUUCUGCAUUAAACUUGCAGACUCAUUUCCUUGGAGCAAAACACAGUACGGUUGAAGAAGCAUUGAAAACUCAUGGCAUGCAAGGUUGCUCAGGAAAGAAAUUGAAAACACCUGUGAAACUUCCUGAUUUUGAAAGUUGCUUAGGGAAGAAAGUGAAAACACCUGCAAAACUUCCUGAUUUUGUGCCACUUGAGCCAGGGAAGUUUCAUGGGCAGACAUUGGAACACCAGCUUAAUACAUGUAAAGAUUCAGAACCUGCACUUGGACUUAAUUACAUAAUAGAAUAUCGAUCAAAAGACAAUGUUCCUUUUCUCUAUGAAUGUCAACUAUGUUACUGUAAAACAGGACUGUGUAACAUGUUCAUGCAUGUUUGUGGUUCCAAGCACAGACUGGCAUUCUUGAGACAACAUUAUCCAGAGAUAGCAGAAUCUGAUGAAUUUAAGGGUAAAGGCCCUGAACUAACCAAAAGAGUUAGGGAAAUUGCAUUAACAAUUGAGAAGAAAGAAGGAAGAAAACAAAUACAGGUUGUUAUAGGUGGUCCAAAAAGAAGGAGAUGGCUAGAAUCUCUCAGUGCAGAGGACAGCCCUUCAACAGCUAAAGUUCAGCAUGUGGAUGCGCCCCUUAGUAAUGCAGAAGAAACAGAUAAUAAAGAUGGGAAACUGACAGAGCCUAUGCAAGAUGAAAAUAAUGUUCAGGAGGAGAAUGAAGAAAUGCAGGAAGAACAGGGAAAACCAGAUGAAAAAGUUGAACCUAAUAAUGCUAUUGAAAGCAGCAAAGGCAACAACUCAGAAUGGUGUGAGAGCAAUAAACAAUCAGAGGAAGAAAACAAGGAAGCUCAGCAAGAAUUUACAGCAGAUCCUGAAGAAUUCACUAGUCAAGAAGAACUGUUGGGUUAUUUGCAAAAUUUUGAGAUACUGAAUGAAGAUGAUGCUUCAUUUAUCCUGAAAGUUACACAGACUCUCACAAAUGCACUGGUGGAAUAUCGUCAGCAGGCUGCAUCAAACAAAGACCACUUAGGUGCUGGAUAUAAUGGAGAACCAGAACUAGAAUAUUCCACAGAACAGCCUGGACCAACUUCAGCAGAUAUUAAUGACUCUGACACUGACUAUUCAAGCAGCUGGUCAGCUAAGCAGUUCUUACUAGCCAAUGAAGAUGAAGCCCAGAACUUUUCAACUGGCUCUUUGGAAACAGCAUAUGAGAACAACUUCACAACUGAGUUUUUGAACAGUGUAAGAAACAUGAAUGCUGAGGAAGUUACUGAUGCCCUACACAAAAUAGCAGCAUCAAAUCCAGCUUUUAGAGGAAUUGAUAUACCAAAUGUUAUAAGGAUCCUGACUGAAAGUGGAACUCUGAGGGGACCAAGCAAUGGCAGCACACAGUAACAUGGCACUUAAAAGAGAUACUGUAGCAAUGUUUACUUUCUAGCUGGAUGGAAUUUGAGAAUUCUCAUCCUGAUGGUUUCACAUCAUCAUACCAUGGAAUGCAAGAUGCAGUAAAACUAAGGUAACAAAGAAAGCAGCAACAAAAAUUAUGAGUUUUAUUAUGUGAACAGACCCAGGAAGGAAAACAGUUCACAGAAAAAUUAAAACACUGUGUUUUUAAGAAACUCUGAGGAAUUUCUGGAAUGCAUCUAAAUUUGUUCUUAUCAGAGGCAGAGAUGGAACCAGAGUUCUUACAGUUCAUUUACUCUGUAUAGGAACAGUGUUAAUGCCUCCUUAAUGGAGGUGAACAGCAAAAAUUCUGAAUUCUGAAAAUAAAAAUAGAAACGUCUUUUUCCUGUUUGUUUUCAAAAUACAGAACAAUCUUUGUAUUAAAAUAACAAAAUCAGAAUAUUCAGCUGUUGUAAAUGACCAUCUCUGAGACAGCUUCUUUUUCCUCUUACUGUGGAAUCAUUCCAAGUGGAAAUAAAGUUACAAUAAAGUUGGAAUAA